AAUAUUUCAUGCUUUUAAAAAAGUUUGAAUCUACAGAAAUAAAAAUUUCCCCACCAUAGUGCAACAUGACUCAAAAGCUGUUUUAUACAGUAUAAUCUACGGUCGUACAUCGUAUAUUUGCAAAAAUGAGCAAAAUGAUUCUUCUUGGUUUUGUCUAUAAAUAUGAACCUCCAACAAUUCAAUUCUUCCCUUUUCCCCUUCUAAUUUCUCUCAUCUCUCUAUAUUAGAAUUUUUUUUAUUAUGUUGUCCACUGUACCGGCCUUUUCAUUCUCCGAACCGGGUUUGGUUAAUCAAUUCUCGGGUUUCCAAACCGGGUUCACUUCUUGGGAAUGGGACUGCUCUGAUCUCUUUUCCGUGGACCAUUUGUCUCUUGAACCUGAACCGGCCGUACCAUCCCCUUGUUAUGGUGAAUCCGACGCCGGUUCCGUCAGAACUAAUUCCGGUAAUCAUAACAUGAAAACCGGUUCUGAUGAAUUUUGUACCGGAUUUGACGACGCCAACCAAUCAGACGGUCUAGCAAAAGAACCAGGCUCGGAGGACCACAAACAAUUGACAGCCAUCACGAAUUUCGGUUCGGGAGAGCAGAAUCAUGACCGGAAAAAAUUAACCCAACCGGAGAUGACCGACGAGCGGAAGAGGAAGAGGAUGGAAUCAAACCGGGAAUCAGCUAAACGGUCGAGAAUGCGUAAACAGAGUCACAUCGAUAACUUAAGAAACCAAGUAAACCGUCUCGAUUUAGAAAACCGUGAGCUCGGGAACCGGCUCCGGUUAGUUUUACACCAGCUCCAACGAGUGAAUACGGACAAUAACCGGCUCGUAACGGAACAAGAGAUUCUCCGGCUGAGAUUGUCGGAGAUGCGUCGGGUUUUGAUCGUUAGACAACUUCAACAACAGCAACAGUGGGAACUUCAUAACCGGAGAAUGAUCAUGACUGAACAAAACCACCCAUCUUCGAUCAUCGACCAGCAUCUCUAAGGAGAAAACAAAAUUAUUAAUAUAGAAAAUUUAGAACGAUAACCAGAAAAAAAAAAAAAAAAAAAAGAUGGAAGCCAAAAAAAAUCUCUCAAUGUCUCUCUACCUCUCUAUGUAUAUGAAAUGAAACGUUAGGAAGAGAUAGUUUUCUAAUU